AUGCAGGACACUGCUGUCGAAGGGACCACAUGCAGCACACCCUCUAUUGUCCUUCCCGAGGACUCUGGAACUCCAGAGGCAGAAACUGAUAGAAACCUGGUUAACAGGCCUCGUAGUCCUCACAGGAGACAUUCUAACCGUGCCACCAGGAAUUCAACAAGUUCACUGACUUCUGUUGACACCAGUGGGCACGUGAUUGAUCUGGUAAAUGAUCAGCUCCCAGACAUCCAAAUCUCAGAGGAAGACAAAAAGAAGAACCUGGAAUUGCUAGAAGAAGCCAAGAAGGUGAGCGAGAGGUUUCUAACGCGCCGAGGCAGGAAGUCAAGGAGCAGCCUUGCAGAGCCACCCACAGGGUCUGAUGCAAACACAACCACUGGUGUGGACUCAGGACCUCCAGGGCAGAAUAACAGAGCUGUGAAGGAGGAUGACAGGCAGAGUGCAGAGAGUGCUGCAAAAGGAAUAACUGAUCGGCGGCAGAAUGAUCAAAGAAAGAUUUCUCAGGGAAGGUUGGUUCCUCGUUCUGCUGCUUUUGAAAACGCCAAAGAGAAGCUCUCAGACCAAAAAGAAAACUUUGAUCCACGGAAACAUAUGGAUACUUUACCUAAAUGCUCCCCUUCAGGUGGAGAUGGUGGCAGAAUGUCUCCUAAUGCUUGCGUGAAUGUUUGCGAAAAUGAACUUGGCAAAUCGUUCCUCAAGAAAGGAAAAGAAAAUGACGUUCCUUUAAGAACCCAUCUACCAGGACCAGGAAUAGGAAAUAUGGACUCAAAGCUAAAAAUUCCUGCUCCAGAAACGAGGGACCAUAAAGUUUCAUGCAAACCAGAAUUUAAGGUGUGUGGGCUGCGUCCUCCUCUGCUGCGCGCUGUGUCGUGGGACAGCUUGGAGCCUGGGCAGAAAGAGAAAACCCCUUCAAAGCUGCCCUCUGAGGAGGAGAAAAGCUGCCUUGGUAACAAAUCCAGCAAUCAGCUAAAAGCUUUCAAAGACCUUCAAAUCCAAGUUCAACCAGUCCGAAUGCAGAAGCUGACAAAGCUCAGGGAGGAGCAUAUUUUGAUGAGAAAUCAAAAUUUAGUUGGACUUAAACUUCCUGAACUUAGUGAAGCAGCUGAACAGGAAAAAGGCCCUUCACCUCUCCCUUCCCCCACCGAGGAGGAAGAGCCAAAGAACAGCUCUGAUGUCAUGCCCAGCAUUCCUGACGUGUUGCUGCGGAAGCUGCGGGUGAACAAAUCACUUCCAGGAAGCUCCCCUCCACUUACUGAGAAAGAAGUUGAGAAUGUGUUUGUACAGCUUUCCUUGGCCUUUAGAAAUGACAGUUAUACUUUGGAAUCUAGAAUUAUCCAAGCAGAAAGGGAGAGAAAUCUUACUGAAGAGAAUGCUGAGAAGGAACUGGAAAACUUUAAAGCAGCCAUUACGUCCUCAGCUCCCCUGUGGCAGCACUACGAGCACAGAGAGGCGUACCAGCGGCUGCUGGAGGACGUGGCGGUGCUGCGGCGCUUGGCUGCCAGGCUCUCCAGCCGCGCAGAGAUGGUCGGCGCCGUGCGCCAGGAGAAACGCAUGUCCAAGGCCACAGAGGUCAUGAUGCAGUACGUGGAAAACCUGAAGAGGACAUAUGAAAAGGAUCAUGCUGAGCUAAUGGAGUUCAAGAAACUCGCCAAUCAGAAUUCCAGCAGGAGCUAUGGUGCCUCUGAAGAUGGAGUACCUCGUACAUCUAGAUCCAUGUCUCUGACUGUUGGAAAGAAUAUGCCUCGGAGGAGAGUCAGUGUUGCUGUUGUUCCUAAAUUUAACUCCUUGAGCAUUCCUGGUCAGUCACCAACAGCUUCACCUAUACCUUCAAUGCCAUCCCUGUCUGAAUCACCUAGUAAUGGAAGGAGCAACCUCACAUCUACUCCUGCCCUGCCAGCACUUUUAGAAAAUGGAAAGCCCAGUGGAGAGCCUGACUGCGAAACGCCUCCGUCCGCACCAGCACAGAGCCUGGAGGAGAUCAGCCCCGAAACCAAAGCCAGGAUAGAAGAGGAAGCAUACAACAAAGGCUAUCAGGAAGGCUUGAAGAAAAACAAACAACUUCAGGAACUGAAGGAGGAAGAUGAAGAGACAGCCAAAGAAAGUCAUGAUGAACAUGAAGAAAGCGAAAAUGAAGAUGAGAUCAAAAGCCUGAAAAGCAGCAGACUUGAAGUCAUCAUUAAUUAUUUAUCCAUCCUGUACCCCAAACUGUGCAAACACUGGAAUGUGGUAUGGCUUGUCGUGGCUGCAAUAGUCGUUUUUGCUGUGGUGUUGGGAAUCUACCACUCCUACAACUCCUGCGCCGAGAGGUCGGAGGCCGCCGAGGGGAAGGGCAGCUGCUCUGCUGCCCAGCACCACUCCUGGUGGAGCUCAGGGUUCCGGCAGGAGCAGCGUGCUGACUGA